GGAGAACAUGGAAUUUAUGGAAAUGUACACGUGCAAGACUUUGCAGAGAAGUUACAUAGAUGGAAGUCAAUCAGAACUAUCAGCCGGAGGCGAAAGGCCCCCAAAGGUCAAACAUCGCGUGCAUGGACUAUGACUAUUAAACUGGAACAAAUUACUAUUCAUUCUCUCCUCAAUCUGCUGCGUUAUCUUCCUGGGGAGAGAUUCCACUAAUGGAGAUUAUCCUUUCUGCGGUCCUGGGUGAGCUGACAACUAGAUCCAUAAAUUUCUUCAUCAGCAGAAGCUCCAAGCCGUCGGCGCUGGAUGUGGAGGAUCGCCUCCGCAGGGUCUUGCUCCGGGCACAGGUCAUCGUCGACGAGGCCAUGGGGCGGCGCGUCACAAACCAAGUUAUGCUCCAGCAGCUGUACAUGUUGAGAGACGCCAUGUACCGAGGCUAUUACAUGCUGGACACCUUCAGAUACCAAUUUCUCGACGAGGAGGACACCAAAGAUCAGGUUGUGAGUCACUCUUUGUCUUUGUCCAAAGUAAGUUCUCUGAAAGGUUUAUGUUCCUCCAGUAGAAAUGCACAGAUUUUGGAACAACUGCAAAAGUUGCUUGACGAUUUGAGCUCCAUGAUCCUUGAUGUGGGUGAGUUGGUCGUGUUCUUGACGAGCUGCCCUCGCCUGCACCGCCAGCCUUACAGCAUGCAUCUCCUGUUGGGUAACUGCAUGUUUGGCCGCCAGAUGGAAGCAGAACUUGUCAUCAGCUUCCUGUUACACACACGACCUCAUGGUGCUGAAGAUCUGGAGGUCCUGCCAAUUGUCGGUCCCGGCAGAGUCGGCAAGAGCACCCUUGUCGCUCAUGUUUGCAAGGAUGAAAGAGUACGUGAUCAUUUUUCAGAAAUCGUGUUUUUGAACGACCAUGAUUUGAGAGAUGAGAAGUUAGCCACUCUUAGAGAAGGAUGUGCCAAGAAAUAUCAAAAUUGCACAUUGAACAAAGAUGAGAGAAUGCUAGUUGUUGUUGAGGCAGCUGGAGACUUCAAUGAAGAUGCGUGGAGGAGGCUGUAUUCUGCUUCUAAACGGUGCUUGACAAGCUGUAGUAAAAUCAUAAUCACAAGCCAGUCUGACAAGAUCACAAAGCUUGGAACAAUGCAGGCAGUAACACUGAAAUAUCUGUCCAACGAAGCAUGCUGGUACCUCUUCAAGACGCUUACGUUUGGAAGCACGGAUCCGACGAUUCACCCAAGGCUUGCAUAUUUGGCCAUGGAGAUAGCCAGAAUGCUGAACGGUGUCCCCAAUGGCGCAAACAUUACCUCUCGUUUGCUGAGGGAAAACUUUGACAUCCACUUUUGGUGCAAGGUUCUGGCCUUCUGGAGAGGGUUCACCAAGUGGCAUGUCUCCAGAUUUGGUGAGCAUCCAAGUAAUCCUCUGAACCAAAAUAGACAUACACAUGUUAGGAGAAUGGCUACACCUUCUGAAGAAGUCGUAAUUUGUCAUCAGUAUGAGCGCACUUCACAAGAGGAGGUUCCCAAGAUUAGAUUCCAAGACGUGAUGUAUGGAAGCGUUAAACCUCAUGGGAAAUUCGAGGCUCUAGGAUGGAGGUCUCAGAUACCGCCCUACUAUAGCUAUGUGUAUACUUGUGAGAUCCGAGAGCUAAAAUCUACAGCUGCCAAGAGGAAGCGUUCUAGGAAAAAUGGAGUCACACUUUGCUAAUUUCGUCAUCAUCAGGCUUAUAUAGGAGGAUCUCUGAAUAUGAUUUGAUAGGGUGUCACAAGUUACUGCAUAGUCAAAAUGUAUGAUAUGUACUACCACCUGGUCAAGUGGUCAUAUGUAAAGUAUGUUUAUUAUCAGAGUAAUGCAUGAUGUUGAGGCAUAGAUUUUCAUUAGAUAUAAUGAAUUGCUUUUCUUUGGUUUACUACAUAUAUCAGCCUCAGGAUCUGGCAUUCAGAAUUGUGUUUUCUUUAUGUUGUCAGCUCAACCCUCCAAGUCAUUGUCAGCUGAGCCUCUUGGUCAUGUUUGGUCACUUGCAUAUUUGGUUGCCAGAUUGAGAUGGUGCAAGUUAUCAGCUUCAUGUUGUAAGGCAAGCAGAGCCUCAUUGGUUAAGCAGAUUGGGUGUUGUGCCGAAUGAUUUCAUAUGUUGUAUCUAUAUAUGCACACGAC